AUGUUUCUAAUAUUUUGCGUUACCAUAUUUAAUUUCGGUGUUGGACUUUACUUAAUAUCAUCUUUUACGCAACAAACUGAAAACGAACUUACAACAAAAAAAAUUGUUAUGCAACCAAAAGAAACAAAAUCAAUGCAAACACAAAUACCGAAAACAUCAACAGUUUCAAAACAAAGAUCAUUAAAACAAUAUUAUCAAAAUUAUUUUAGAAUUGAUUACACAAUUGUUGAAUCUGUGUGUAAACCAAAACAUAUGUUUAAUACAAGUGCAACUAUUCAAUCUCUUGAAUAUUUAACAAAUUUAAAAUUCAAUAUGAUUCCUCGAAAUGUAACUAUUAAUAUUGAUAUUAUUUCAAUUGAUGUAAUAAUUACAAAAACUACUAAAACUCAACAAAAUUCUUCACAUAAAUCCAAGAAAACAGUUUGUAAUUAUGUUCUUCAAUUAUAUAUUGGUUUUGACUUCCCUUCAUAUUGUGAUGAUGUUUGUCAAUCAAAAGAAAUUCGACGUUUAACCUUCCGCUCUCAACCAUUUGGUAAUCCAGUAGAUUCUUCAUUUACAUUUACUUUAUUUUCUUCAAAAUUACUUGGAGCAGUGGCUAAUUUGAAAAUUCGACAAGUUGUAAUUUAUCGAAGUUCAAUUUAUUUCAAUAAAAAAAUUUAUAUUCGUUCAUUUAAUGAAACUCGUUAUUUAUCAGCAUUGAUACUUGAUUCAGCUGCUUCUCAAACAUCAGUAACAAUGUCGCAAAUAGAUCGAAGUUUAUUUUUAAUUACAAAUCCUUUAGAUAAAAAAUCAUUUGAAAAUGAUUGUUCAGCUAUUUAUAUAUCAGUUUUAACAGUACCAGGAUAUGAUACAUAUUUACGUCAUGAAAAACGAAGAAUUAAAUUAGGAAAAAAUGAUCAAUCAAUUUUAUUCGAACAAGAUGCAACAUUUAAAUUAUUAACAAGUAAAAUAAAUAAAGAUAUGGUAGUAUUUCAAUCAACUAAUAUUCCGGAAUCAUAUAUAGCUAUUGAUACAGACACAAGAGCAGUUUUGAUGUUAACACAUCUUGAAGAAAUUCCAUUAAAUAUUGAUUCUUUAGAUCAAAGAUUUUUAUUUAUAUUAAACUUUAAUGAAUAG